AUGGAUCCGUUCCACUAUCUCCACCUCCCUGAUGUGGAAGUCGAUAUUAGAGGAUCGCACAUUGCAGUUUAUUGCGAGUAUGCUGCUGGAGGCUCACAGUCCAAGUCAGUCACGUUCAAUUUCAUGGACGGUCGUUGGAGCAAAUCUGUCGAUGAGCCGCGACGCCGGCUGAUCGAAUCACUUCAGUACACCAAAUCCCACGCCCAGGAUGAAAACCCCUUCUGCAUGCACAUUGUGAUACUCUCCAGUACUCUUCGGUGGUACACGAAUGCAUUGAGUAGUAUCCACACGCAACUGAUUGAGCACGAGAAGCAAUUGCAGGUCGAGGCCGAUGCGGUCACAGUCGGCAAGGAAAAGGCUUAUAAUACACUUAACAGAGCGCUCCACUCCGCGGCCGCCCAUUUGCAUCGCUGUGGGACAGAGCUGGGUUCGAUCGACAGCAUCCUCAAAGAUUUGAUCAAUGCAUACGCGCGACACCGCCGUACCUGUGGCGGAGCGGAAACCAACGACGAGAUUUCCGCUGCCUUCGCAUUCAUCGGAUCGCAAUUAUCCCAGAUUCGGGUUUUCCUGCAGGAACUCGAGGUGAAACUACAGAACAUCCUCGCUCUGAUCACGAACGACCAAAUGAUGGUUUCCAAUGGGGAAAAGCAACACGCCAUCCUCUUAGCUACUCAAGAAGACUCCAAAAUCUCCCGACUCAUCGCCGACAGGCAAGGUCAGCUGGCGGAGGAAAUGAAAGAAGAUAGUGUGGCAAUGAAGACGAUUGCCAUAACGACCAUGUUUUUCCUGCCGGCAACUUCCUUUGCAGCGUUUCUAAGCAUGCCCUUUGUCACAAACAACUACUACGUGAGAGAUGCAGAUAAGAUCUGGAUAUGGGUCGUAUGCACGGUCCCAUCGACUAUCCUCGCGUUCAGCAUUUACUUUUAUUCGAAGCACCGUGAUCACUUGAGAAGGAGGGGAUUGAAUCACUCAGCGGCGUCAUGA